CCAAGUUUUUACAUCAGGGGCUCACUUGCUAUGCUAUCCUGGGGCAUUUAACAUGACUACUGGACCAUUGCAUUGGGAGUUAUUGCAGAGGGCAAGGGCUGUAGAUAAUCAGUUGUAUGUAGCAACAUGUUCACCUGCUCGAGAGGCUGGGGCUGGUUAUGUGGCUUGGGGCCACUCCACUCUUGUUGGACCAUUUGGAGAAGUCCUGGCAACUACUGAACACGAGGAGGCUAUAAUCUUGGCAGAGAUUGAUUAUUCAUUACUUGAGCUCCGGAGGACAAGUCUCCCCUUGUUAAAGCAACGACGAGGUGAUCUUUACCAAUUGGUAGAUGUUAAAAGGCUAAAUUCUCAGUGACUGGAGAAAGGAAUUCUAGAGGACUGUUGUGAUGUGUGGGACGAAUUUCAGUUAGAAAAUGUUCGUGCAAUAAAAAUGUGAGCAUUAUAUUUUAGGACUCUGUUUGCAUAAACAUUUCGGAGAAUAUUGUGUGGUUGUAGUCGGUGAUUUGGAGCUUGCAUUUUGGGCUUGUGUUGUACUUUUGUGUAUUAUUAAUAUGUUGGAAAAUUCCCAAGCUUUAUAUUGCAUAUAUAUUUAAAUAGGAUAAAACUUAGGUACAGUACUUAGAUGCUGUUCCUUAGGUUUAUCUCUUAA